UCCAUCGCGAGCGCAGCAGAACAGCGGAUGUGUUGAUGCUUCCAGUCGUUGUGUUUAUAUUUUGAAACGCCCAGAGUCGAUUUGAAAUCAACCCAGACGGAUUCUUUCUCCGGUAAUACCCGUCCGGGAGCUGAAGGCGGACAGAAAUGCGGCGUGUGGCGGGUAUUAUGAGGUAGAUUGAGCGCUGCUGCUGCUGCGCUUCGGCCGCGGCGACACAUUUGAGUGUAAAUUCGCCGAAAGAGUGUUUCCGGCCCGCAGGCGAGCAGGAACCAUGAAUUUGCAAGUUCUGCACCAAAAAGGCCUGGAGUGAGAACCGGUCUGUGAUGAUCAGAAAUGCGUUGUCUUCAGUAAAAGACGCAUCACGUGACGUGAACGGACCCCUACAACGCUGAGACCGCGGGUCCCUGUUCCUGCCGGAUGCGUUUAGUUCUUUUAGGUCCCUUUAUGUCGAACCCAGAAGUGCUAUAGGAUUGUCUUCUCAUGGCUCUGAUUGGUCAGACGCUAGCAGCGGAUUGCCUGUCUGCGUUUAGUGCUCAUAUAAUGAGGCCCGUAUGUGGCCGGUCUGUACUGUGAGCUGGACUCACCUGCGCUCCCAUCCGGAACGUUGUGCUCUGUCUUCACCCUUCUGAGCAUCAGAAUGAGACAUUGUGUCAGGACGGAGAAGAGCGUGUGAUCUCUGGCAAGAGUUAAGCACUGGUCCAUAAACAUGAAUGGAGGAAAAGAGAGAGAUGGAGGAGAGGGCAAAGGGCAUCUCGCCCAGGUGCCUAUUGGCUGGCAGCGAAAGGUGGAGACCACAGGUGUCAUUUAUAUCAGUCCAAGCGGAUCAGUGCUGGCCUGCCUCGAUCAGGUGAAGUCUUACCUGCUGACUGAUGGCACCUGUAAAUGUGGGCUGGAAUGUCCACUCAUUCUCCCCAAGGUUUUUAAUUUUGAUCCUGGUGCGGUGGUGAAGCUGAGGACUGCAGAGGAUGUAAAGGCUGAUGAAGAUGUUACCAAGCUUUGCAUUCAUAAGAGGAAGCUUAUUGCUGUGGCCACGCUGCACAAGAGCAUGGAGCUGCCACCUCCUUCCCUAACGCUUACCAGUCCUGGGGGCGGUACAAGAGUGACCUCCAUAAAUAACCCUAACUCAACUGCACAGUCUCGAGCAAUAAGGAGUAAAACCCAUGAGGCCGAAUGUAAGAACCCAUUUAAGGCGAUGAUGGCAGCAGGGCAGCGACACUUCUCUCCAGAGCUGUGCGGCCCACUGCAGCAGGACCUUUACGCUGGAUACUCCAGGCAGAGACUGAGCAGCAGUGAGCCAGGACUGAAGUCUCCGUUCCGCAGCGGACACGGAGUCAUGUUGAGUCCGCCCUCACAACCCUUCGGGGAUGGGUCUUUGUCCCCUAGAACAGACAUUAUUGGUAGUCCUGACGGAUUUAUGCGCAACAACCCAUGUGGCUUCCAAGGGACCAGCAGUCCCAGCGCUACCCACACCAACAGCCGCAUCCCUUUGUCUUCUCCCGGCAUCAUGAUACACAUCUCGCCUGCUGCACAGCAGUCGUCCUGCGUCAUGGCGGGAAGGACUAACAUGCCUCUUUCACCCCCGGUCCCUAACAAGAGUCCCGUAAUGAAAAAGACGCUGUGCAACUACUCGGCCAGCUUGGACUCCAGCAGAACUGCGUUUCACCACAAGGCUUCGCCUGCUCCCGCCCCUUCCCUGCCUCCACCCUGUGCCCUGCAAAAUAAACAGGUUAGCUCUGAGAAGGACCCUCUUGGCAUUCUGGAUCCCAUCCCCAGUAAACCAAACCCCCCACCCCCUUUCCAGCCCAACGCUCAGGUACCAAUGAUGAAUGUAAACAUCCCUCCCGCCAUUGUCCCCUUGCCUAGCAACCUUCCCUUACCCACAGUCAAGCCAGGGCCAGUUGGCCAUGGCACUCACCUGCAGAGGACUCAGCAUGUCACAGCCUCCUCCAUCUCUUCGUCACCCGUCACUUCCCCUGUGCACAUGUCCGGGCUGGCUUUGGGUCGCAUGGAAGUGUCUCCUCAGCGAUCCCGGUCCUCGUCCACCUCCUCCGAGCAAGGGAGCUUUGCUGUUCCCCCUUGCAGUAGCAUGAAGGUUCCGCCGCGCUCACCCAGGUCCUCCAUGAAUUCUCCUCGACCCGCUUUGCCUUCCAGCCCGUCUGGCAAGCCGGAUAGUCUUCACCAGUACAAAGAGAUGCCCAAUCAGCUGUUGACAAGCAUGAGCAGCUCUAUGAGCGGUCAGCACAACCUCAUGUAUUCCACCGCCUCAGGCAACAACACCCUGCAGAAGGAGCACCCAGGGCUUUUGGGCAUGCCCCUAAACCAGAUCAUCAACCAACACAAUGCUGCCUCUUUUCCCGCCAGCAGUCUCCUGUCAGCUGCUGCCAAAGCACAGCUAGCCAAUCAAAACAAAGUAGGGGGAAAUGGCACGGGAAGUGCAGCUAGUGCCGGGAGCGCCGGAGGGGCUGAUGCCGGCAGGACUGUUGAAGGACACAGUGCUUUAAAUCCCAUGUUGCCGCCUAACUCUGCCAUGAUGAUGCCGGGUAGCGAGGGGCAGAGUGGGCGCGCAGCCCUGCGGGACAAGCUUAUGGCGCAGCAGCGGGACCCACUCCGCAAGCGUAAGCUUCCUCCAAACGCUGGCAACCAUGAGAACAACUACUUUAACGUGCUAAAGACGGACGUGGGUGGCAUGAGGGCACCCUGCCCUUCUGCCGAGCAGAUGAGAAAAACAUCCCGACUGCCCCCAACCACCUCAAUGGCUCAGUUACUCCAAUCUCUGAGCAACCACAGUUCUCACAUGGCCAGAGGCCGAAACCCAGGCCUCGUAGGUCCCAGUCGGGCGCAUUUUGUGGAGGGUGUCGUGCCCUCUGGAGCAGUCCAUGCGAGCAUGCAGGUCCAGCAGCGAAUGCUCGGCCAGACAGAAGCGAUGCUUUGCCCUGGUGUUGAAUCUGUUCCCAGCCAGUUUCCAGGUGUGUUGAACCAGAUGCAGGCUACAACAAUGGGGAACUGUGGGCCUAUAAACCACAGUGGACAAGUUCCUCUUGGAAAUCACGGGAUGGGACACGUCAGCUCUCAUUUUCAGCAGCACAGCCAGCCAAACAUCAACUGCAUGAUGCCUAGCAGCACUGAUGCCUGCUGCUCGCAACCCAUUACUGACACGGGUAACCCUUCACCGCUCAUCUGCAGUAUUGGUGGCGCUCCUCAGAUGCCAGGCGUCAUGGCUGCCACAGGGCACUUGUACCAACAGCAGAUGCACCCGGCACUACAGGGAAUGCACGGGGUCUCCACAUAUCAAAGUCAGGGGCAUCCCUUCCCAUCAACUCCUUUUACAGACAGUACUGCUCCCCACCCCAACAGCUUGCCAUGCCUGUACCAGGACUAUCCGGGGUGCAUGUCUGACAGCUCCCAGCCUGGGAUGACAUCUCAUUCUGGGGCCACGGGGAUGUAUCGAGACGGUGCGCAGAAGCUACAGGGUGAUGUUUCCAUGGCAGGAGCCAGUGGAGUUCAGAGUUCGGUGGAUGCGAUCUACAGGGCGGUAGUGGAUGCAGCUGGCAAAGGCAUGCAAGUGACCAUCACUGCCGGUGAGAGUAGCAGCACACAGGCGAGCCCAGUCCCUGCGCUCAGUGCCAUGAGUGCCUUCACCGCCUCCAUCGGACAGCCGCUCAGCCUACCUCAUGCCGUCAACGCUGUCAUUCACGCCCCGCGCAGUUCGGAUGGGGCCGACUCUAUAAGCCAGCCUCACCGCGCUCGACCGCAGCUCAACAAACGCACGCGCAGGACCUCUGAGCAAGGGAAGAACACCUCUGACGGCGGAGACACGCACGAGUAUUUUCGCUCGCGUAGUGCUGCCACACAGAUGAGACUGCAGUGGGAUGAGCCCAACCAAACUCACUGGAGAGGGGAAGAGUUUCUAGAGUGUUCUACCCAGGUACACACCGGUUCAUGUGGUAGCAAAGUAGAAAGAACAAGCCUCAUGAAAACGAUGGGACGGACUCGUGACCCUGUCGACUCUCAGAUGGGUGAAAGUGGAAAUCUGCGAUUAAACAACUGCAUCGUCGGCAGCGUAAGAGAACGUGGCGAGCCCCCUCAGCUAAACGGCACAUUGCCUCGCACCACCUACAGGGAACCGUUCACCGGAGACGACCAGUCACCUGGCUCCUCGACCAGCUUGGAGGGACCAUUGGUGAAAGACUACACCCACUUUAAUGGACACUUUAACGGACACUGUGUGCCCAGCCCCUCCGACACAAAGAGUCUGAGCAGUGAGGAGGAACUUCGUCACCCCGACUCGCCUUCGGCCGACCUUCUGCACUACAGGCCCAGGGCUUUUAAUGUGGGCGAAUUGGUCUGGCCAAUAAAAGGCUUCCCUCCUUGGCCUAAUAAGCUGAUGGGAGAAGAACAUGAACACAAUCCCAGCAUGCAACUGUCUGAACAAGCGAAGGUUGAGCCGGAGCAGCUAAAAUGUCUAACACAAGACCUUCAGGCGCUGGACAGAGUCAGCAGGAAAAACAGAAAGGCUGGAAAUCUGAAUCAUCAUUUAGAAGCUGCGAUUCACGAGGCCAUGAGUGAGUUAGACAAGAUGUCUGGAAACGUUCAUGCGGAUCGUCAGAUCAAACUGCCCAAACCCAAGAGGAGGAAAAUCUCCAGAUAACAUCAGUGACGCCAGACUCCAAUCUCUCUCUUUCUCUGAUCAUGGUGCUACAGUCAUCAUGGUCCCGCCCUCACCCAGUGACUGACAGGUGCUGGAUCCGGCAGUUAGAAAAGGCAGAAUAACUAUUUUUUUCUAGUCAAUGAGGAGAAAUAUAAAAAAUGAAAAAAGAAAUACUGCAUUUACGAACACAGACAGUCCAAAUAUUUCUGAUAUGUUUUUAAUGUGUAUAUAGACAUGGCAGAAAUGUCCAAAAUGUCAUUGUUAAAAAUGUGGCAAGAAAUGUAAAUACUGUAGGAUAAUGAAAUGUACAAGCCAACUCAAUGCACACUUUAUCUUCAGCUGUACAAAACACAAAGCAGCCCAUAAGGCCCAGUGACAUUACAAUGAAUAAGAGUCAAACUGAGACUUUUGUAAGCUUGAGUUAGAGUUGUAUUUUGAUUGUGUGUGUGUGUGUGUGUGUGUGUGUGUGUCAGAGUGGACUUCACCAGCCUAUAAGGUGCGUAUUGCAAGCCAGACUCGAGGUUUAGGACUGUACAGGUCCGGUCUUCGAGCACUUAACACUAAUAUGCCGAUACUUUAAGAAUUCUUAACAGUAGGAACAGAAAUAGUAUUUUGUUUUUGUGGUUUUGUAUAUUUUGCUAGUCUUCUCACAGCAUUAAUGAAACUACCAUGUUGUUCCUGAUUCAUACUCUAAUGGCCUGCUAAAAUUCAGAGCCUCAUGACUAUUUAUUUGACAUAUUCAGUUAAACUUAGCAAUAAUGCGACCCUACGCACAUACAUGGUACAGCCUUAUACGCGUAUAAUGCAUACAUACAUACAUACAUACAUAGAUAUAAGAAACUUCAGUAUUAUUCUGUUGAAACAGUAUAUUUUUCCCCUUUAUUUAUCGUGGCCCAGUGUUUUUGCAUUAAUGUGUUUGAGCGCUGUGUUAUUAAAAGACGCAGAUGAACUGUAGUUUUGAGGAACCUCAUACAGACUCAGGAAAGACCUGUUAUCAUACAGAUUGAAGUUUUCAGAGGAGUCAAUGACUUGGCGUUUUGUCUUGGGUUGCAGUUUUUCAUGAAUAUGUGACCAGAAGAGGUUAAAUGUACAUGGAUGACGGUUAAAAUUGCAGCAGAACUCGUAGGGAAAUGGGUUGGGUUCACGGCAUGAGGAUGUUAGAGUUUGGAUGCAGGAAAGUUGUGCAUAAUGGAAAUCCACAUGAGAGGUGUUAUACUCAAGACACUAACACAAUAUUGAAAUUGCUUUCAAUGAUGUUUUACAACCUCUAUAUUAGGAGACCGUGCUCGCAUCCGUCAGCAUGUUUAAAAGUUUAAGAUGAGGCCAGCUGUUCUCUCUCCCGCUUGAUCUGUCUUCACAGAAAUUCCACUACAAAAUAAAGUGCAAUAUUGAACUUGUGUCAGAGGUGCAGAGAAACCAUCCAAGCUGGAUCAGAAACACGGUCCCUCCGUAAGUGCAUCGUCUGCUGGUGAAGUCGACUCUGUUGUCAGUGCAAUGCAGCUCUGUUUUCAGUUCAACUCUUCAAGGUCAAACACAUUUUGUGUUCAUGUGCUCAGUGUUCAUGUGCCCAGAACUUUCUCCAUUUAUACUCCAGUCCAUUUCUUUCAUUUCUCCGUGUGUGGCUGUGUGUAGAAUUUUAUUUCCUUUCUCUUUGCUUGCUCUUUUACCAUUGGUAUCUGAAUGGUAUUACAAUCCUUUCCGAUGUCAAUGUUGUUUUUCGAUAUGUAUCUGAGUAUAUAUUUUCUCACCAGUAUGUACUUUACAGCAGUUGACUUUGUAAGGUAUGUUGUGCACUUGAUUUUCUUCGUUUCUGAUAGCUUUGAUGUGGCUGUUAGGCAUAGUUUCUAAAAGUCCAUAAUUUCUUAUCGUUUCAUUUGAUCUUUUUUUAAGAUGUCCUAAACAGCAGUUUUGUAAAUAUUGUGAACAUUACAGGUCAUGCUGUAAUGUGACAUUAAAAUGAUGUUGCACCAAUGUUUCAAUUAAAACCUGGUCACUAAAACUUUA